AUGGCAGACCUGCUCUGGGUCUCACAGAAGGCUAACAUCUAUAGCUUUGGCAUGCUUCUCCUGGAGCUACUAACAGGGAAGGCGUCGACGGACGCGGUGUUGUACGACAAGGGCGUGGACCACCCACGAUGGGCGCGCUCCACGGUGAAGGAGGAGUGGAUGUCACCCUGGUGCGGAGGAGAUGAUGGAGAUGGUGCGGCUGGCCAUGGACCGUGCAUGGAGCCUGCCCUAGACCAAUGGCCGGUGAUGCCCGAGAUCAUGGCGCGUAUUGAGGGGCUCGGUGGCACGUGGUCAGUGUCGACGGCACAGUCUCUCACCUCGUGA